AUGCAGAGUCUUAGAUUUAAAUUUGGUGAACGCCGAAAUGAUUGGAGGUGUUGUUUUUGCUGUCAUGUAAGAACUGGUACAAUAUUUAUUGGAGUAUGGAAUUUGAUGCUUCAUGUUAUGGCUUUGCCAGUGAUGGCAAUAUUGUUGAGUUACCCAAAAGAAGAUCUGGAUCCAGUGUUGCCUACUCCGCUAAGUGAAGUUGAUAACAUAAACUUUGAUGUAUCAGGACCGAAUUUUGAAAUAUUCAUGAAUAAUAAAAGCUCUAAAAACAUUCAACCACUUUUAUCUAAUAGCUAUAAAUUUUGGGAACACAAAACUGUGAUUCACCAGGAUAUGAAUAUUGGAGUUGUAGUCACAUUUUGUACUUUCGCAAUGACACUUUUACUUCUGUAUGGAGCAGUAAAAGGGAAACCAUCUUACUUAAUGCCAUUUUUUUGUCUUCAAGUGUUUGAUUUUUGUGUUGCAAGUAUAUCAGCCAUUGGAUACCUAUGUUAUUUCCCAGACAUAAAUAGACUUAUCGUUCAAAGCAGUCAUUUACCAUUACAAAAUGAAUUAAUGGGACUUCACCCUCAAACUUUAGGUCUCUUCGCUGCAGUCAUAUUUUUAUUGAUCAUGUCUAUUAAGGCGUAUUUUAUUGGAGUAGUUUGGAGUUGCUAUAAAUAUCUCACAUUGAGACAAGUUUCAGCUCAGAGAACUAUUCAGUUCAUUGAUCCCGACGUUCAAAAUCUACUCCCGGAUCUGCCAGAUUAUGACACAGCUGUUAAAAAAUAUCCUACUCCUCCUCCCAGCUACGCCUCUGCAAUGCACGGACUAUAUCCUGUUAUCGUAGAUCUGAACAGUAGUAGAGGAAAUAAUAAUAAUGCGCAGCCAUUAUCGGCUCAAAACAUUGUUGUUCCUACUGUACCGUUAAACAGUGCUUCAUCAUCUCCCAAUCAAGCAUCCGGUACUUUAAGCAAUCCACAAAACGUUUAA